AUGUCCAAAAGGAGGUCUUGCUCAACCAUUCCUCAUCCAGUACAGAACACGCGUUGGAUCAUUGAAGAUGAUCGAUAUGACAAUUGGUCUCCAAAUGUUCUUGAGUUUUACUACGAUGGUGAUACACCAACUUGCUAUUCGACAUACAUGGGCGUUACACCGUUAGGAAAAGACUGGUGGGGCGGACUUCUUGGGUUUUGUGGCAAUGGUUUUAUACAAGAAACGCACAUAAAUGCAUGGUGUAACAAGCUAAUGUAUUUACGGGAAACUCAAAGCGAGACACGGCCAUGCCAGUCUAAUGAUUAUCGUUGGACAAUUAUGCCCCCUCAUUUUUUCAACAUGGUAGUUGAACAGAAGCAUGAUGCUUACAGCUAUGCAGAUGGGUCUAGACAAAAAUUUCCUGCAUUUUGGAAUGUGGAUACGGUCUACAUGCCAGUUUCACACAAGGAUCAACACUGGUUAAUCUUACAGAUAAACAUGUUGUCACUAAAAGUUAAAGUUUAUUUCCCAAAUAAUUGUAAUGUAAUGCAUUGUGGAGAGUCGUUUUGCAUACAUAAAAAAAUACAUCAAAUUCUACUUGAAUUUGAGUCUCCAUUCUUAUGGUUUUUGGGUCGCAUAUCGUACUGGCAACUUUCUGGAAUAAACGAGACAGAUACCUUGGAGUGUGCGGGGGAUGAUGUGUGGCCAGAUAACGGGGAUCAUACAGGUCGAAAUUCAGGUGUAAUUAUUUGUAUGUUAAUGGAAAAACUUGUUCAAAACUUUGCAUUGACAUGGGAAGAGGAAAAUCUACAGGAUGCUUGUGUCAGAUACAGACGGUACAUGGCGGAUGAACUCUACGCUGGCCGAUUCACACAAAAAAAAAACUGA